ACUAUUCCUCUGUGUUACAUGCUUCCUUCUGGGACAUUUGAAGCAAAUUUGGCCGAAUUUCCCGUUCCCUAUCGACACAGAAAGGCGUACAAGAAAUAUAUACGAACUAACCGAUAAAAUUUUCGAACUUAAUCCAAGUCGAUCUUUAACAGUUUUAUGGAUUUCACUCUUUCCAAUCAUUUUUGCUUCGGAUUCUGAAACAGUAGAGAUGAUCUUGCACAAAAAGAACUUAAAGAAACCUCAUUUUUACCAAUUCAUGGGUCUAGGAAAUGGACUGUUAAGUUCUGCACCUGCCCUUUGGAAGGUUCGAAGGAAGUUGAUUGAACCAUUCUUCUCGACUAGAAAGAUGAGAGAUCAUGCUAAGCAUAUGUUUAAAGAGGUUGAAUCAUUUUCUCGACAGUUGGAUGAUCAAGUUGGUAAACCCGUUGACUUGGUCAAUCAAAUACACAGCAGUACAUUGAACAUCAUUUUAAAGUCUGCUACAAGCACUUCUCUAGAUGAUUCGUUUGAUGAUAAAAAAAGAUUUCUCGAACUAAUUGAAAGUCUGGAAAAAAAUUGCGUCAGGCGAUUGUCAAACCCAUUUUAUCAGCUUGAUUGGACUUUCAAGUUAUUCAAGUUUAGCCAAUUUUAUCAUCAAACGAUCCAAGACAUUGAAAAGUUCAUAAAUACAAUCUUAAGCCGAAGAAAGCAACAGUUGCAAUGUUCAACAUCGAAUGAACCAGAAAACCAGGAUUUCGUUGAUUUACUUGAAGGUAAAGUCGAUGAACAAGGACUUUUAGAUGAACUGGUAACUCUUAUUGGAGCUGGACAUGAUACAACCGCAUUGACUUUACGUUGGAUUUUAUUCAAUCUCGGCAAUCAUUUAGACGAACAAGAAAAACUGUAUCAAGAGAUUAUUCAAUUUUUCCCUGAUGAUACACCAUUGGGUGAUAUGGAUAAAAUUAACCAAUGCAUUUAUCUUGAGCAGUGCAUAAAAGAAUCGCUUCGAUUGAAUCCUCCUGCACACAUCACUUUGCGAGCACUCGAAGAGGAUAUCAUAGUAAAGGAUAAAAGACUCAUCAAAGGAUCAAUUGUUUGUGUGUCAUUUACCGCCACUCAUCACGACCCAAAUGUUUAUCCCAAUCCAGAUAAAUACGAUCCUGAAAGAUGGAACCCUGAAAACGCCUCCAAAAUACCAAAAACAGCUUUCAUACCCUUUAGUCAUGGGCCACGAUCUUGCAUUGGAUAUCGUUAUGCAAUGUUAGAACUCAAGAUUUAUACGAUUCAAAUCAUUCGUAAAUUCAGUUUAAGAUCAACUCGAAAACACGGAAGUAUUCCACUCAAAGCUGAAGUUACUUUAAAGCCAGUUUUACCUCUGGAAAUAAUAAUGACAGCAAGGAAUAACAAUCAGCCGGAAUUGUGAAGCUAAAAUGAUUAUAAGAAUCUAUUAGUAAAAUUCUUGCUAUCGAAUCUCAAGACCAGCCAGCUCUAUUUUCUGGAUUUGCCAUCAACUCUUAUUGAAACACAUCUUAAUUGGAAAUGAAGAAUCCAAAUACAAUAAUAAAAUGCUACAACAAUUAGCAGCUUGUACUGGAAGUGUAUUAGUGUAACAUAGAAAUGAAGCAUAAGCAUAUUCGAUUUGGGCUCAAUAUCGAAAGGUGAAAUAUUAACAAACGGCAAAGGACAAAUCGUACAAAGUAUCGUCAAACAAAUGUACACUUGUUACACAGUUUACAAUACAAUAAACGACAAUUUAAAAGAAAA